CUGACACACAGCGCCACGUCAUAGGAAUCCCCGGAAAGGGCGGGGCCUGCUUGUCGGAAGUGACACAGUGCCGGUGGAGAGCUACUGUUAGACAUGGCGGCCUGUGCGGAUGGCAAAUGGAAAGUGGUGGGAAAGAACAAGAAGAACGGAGAGAGGAGGAGAGCGCUGGGGGAGAGCAACGUCACCGCCGCCGCCGGAGGUACGGACCCGCCUGUGCCCUUCCCUGUGCAGUCCUCGGUCUUCGAGUUGGGCUUUGAGAAGAUGAUGAUGAAGAAGCAGAACAAGGAGCAGGUUCCCCCGAGCGUCUCCGAGCCCCAGCCGAGCAAGAAGCCGAGCAGCGGGAAGAGUUCCAGGAAGAGCGCCGGGGGCAGUGCGGCCUCGGCUCAGGGCAAGUCCCCCACCCUGGAGGAGGCCCUCCGCUCUUUGGACCUCUCGGACCUCCAGCGGGAGAUGGAGAAGAGUCAGGGGGUGUUCCCGGAGAACCCCCAUAUCUGGGUCAUGGACCUGGCCAGCUACCUGAACUCUAAGCUGCAGACGGAGAAGAAAGAGCCGCUGUCCCUCCAGCAGUCUCAUGAUUACCCGUACUGUCUGGUCAGCAGGGAGCUGAGGGGCGUCAUCAGAUCGGUGCUCUCCAGAGCCGCCUCCGUACUGGACCUGAUGGUGGAUAAUUGUAUCCGGUUGAUGUUGGAGGAGCUGGACAAAUCCUCAGCUUUGGAAUCUGUUCACGGAUAUCGGAUCUGCAUCCAGGCCGUUCUGCUGGAUAAGCCCAAAGCUGUGACCCUGGACCUGAAGAAGUACCUGGAUAUGCUCCGCGCCCAGCAACACAAGCCGGCCAAAUGUCUGACCAUCAUGUGGGCCGUGGGCCAGACCGGGUAUGCCGACCUGACGGAGGGCCUGAAAGGUGGGUGGUUUCCUACACAGAGACAUGAUGACAAUAUUACACUAAAAACACAUCCUAGUAACAUGUCCACAACACUCGGACCCCUCGUGUGCUGGGACCCCCUCGUGUGCUGGGACCCCCUCGUGUGCUGGGACCCCCUCGUGUGCUGGGACCCCCUCGUGUGCUCAGACCCCUCAUGUGCUCUGGUUUUGUCUUGCAGGAUGCACUCCAACCUGACUAAGGGUUUCGGGUUGAUCGGUCCGAAGGACUUCUUCCCCCUCCUGGACUUUGCCUUCAUGCCAAAUAACUCGCUGACUGCCAGCCAGCAGGAGCAGCUGAGAGACCUCUACCCCCGGCUGAAGGUUCUGGCAUUCGGAGCAACACCGGAGAACACCCUCCACACCUACUUCCCCUCCUUCCUGUCCAGAGCCACGCCCAACUGCCCGCCCACCAUGAGGAAAGAGCUUCUUCUCAGUCUCUAUGAAUGUCUGAACGUGGACGCUCUCAGCUUCAGCGUGUGGCGGCAGCUUUACACUAAACAUCUCCCGCAGUCUAGUUUGCUCCUGCAGCACCUUGUUCCUGCCUGGGACACGACCUCCAAACCAAUGAGGAAGGCCGUGCGGGAGACGGUCCAGUCGUUCUGUGUGACCAAUGAGGAGUUCUCGGCCAAGGAUUCACACGCCAAGGACAUUGAGGUGUGCAAGUCGGCGUGCCAGGCCCUGCUCCAGAAGAUGAAGAGCCGAGGGUUCCCCUGGUUCCGGCUCGGCCUCAUAGCGCUCGUCUUCUUCUCCGGUUUUCUCAUCCACGAUGUCCGGACAAGUGGCUCCAUUCAAGCUUCUUCAUCGAUGAGAAUUCUGCAGCAGACGGGUGUGUUGUCGGCAUCACAGCAAGCAUGGAGCAAAGUGUCGCAUUAUGCCCAGCAUGGGCACAGCUGGUUGGAGAGGAAUGUCCCCGUGUAUUAUGCCCAGGCGGUGGAGGUGUUGGGUCCAGGACUGGAAGUGUUAUGGGAGAAAAGCUGCGACGGCGCCGUCUACAUUGCUAAGAAUCUUACAAAGUGUUUCACUUACAUAAAGGACAACCUGCCCGGCUUCAUUCAGUGGGUAAGUUCCCAAAUCCCGGAGUCCGUCUACCAGUAUAUAGCGUACCUGCAGGAGUUGCUGCUCUUCCUCUAUCACACGUACCUUGUGCCCGCCACUGCGUAUUGCAUGGCCGCCCUACAGAGCGCGUGGCAGCGAUACGUUGAUUCCUGCAACGGGAAGGUGACGUGGGACUGCACACGGGACCACCUAACCACCGUCACCCAAUCUUCAUGGACAUUCGUCCAGAACACCACGUUGGCCAUCAAGGACUGGGCUGUGGCCAUGGUGUCCAGUCAUUAG